GACAUUAUUGUCGUCUGCUACUAGUGCAACACGAGUGUUUUUCUUUUAGUAUACAAAAAAGUUACAAAAAUAUAAAUUUGUUGUUUUAUAUUGAAGAAAAAUAAAAUAUAUAAUGGUACGUGUGGGAAAAAUAUUUUUACAAUUUGGUACAUUGACGGGAGUGGGGUUAGGAGGAUGGUUUGCCGGAAAACAUUUCGAAAGAUUGAAUGAUGAAAAAGAUGACAGCAUAUUUUUGAACGUGAACAUAAAGAGGAAACCCUGUCUGCCGAUUUUUGGCACAGUAUCGGCAGCUUCGCCGAUAGUAACAGCUAAUGAUCACGCGAAUAUGGGUGCUAAAUUAUCUGUACCAGGGUCAAGAAUAACUCAAAUUAUGAAGUAUGGAUUUCCAAGUCUCGAUAAUGUCAGAUCUUUUGAAGAUUAUGUUCUUUCUUACGAUAGACGAAAUAGAGUUGCUCAUUGGGUUUUUGAACAUUUAACAAAGGAAAAAAUACAUCUAAAAAAUAAUGUUGAUCGUUCAAAAUGUGAAUUUAUUGUUGAUAAAAGUAUUCAUCCAUUUUUCAGAUCAGAAAAUAGUGAUUAUAAAGGAAGUGGUUACGAUCGAGGACAUUUAGCAGCUGCUGGAAAUCAUAAAAUUUGUCAAAAACAUAUAGAAGAAACAUUUCUUUUAUCAAAUAUGGCACCUCAAGUGGGUCGUGGAUUUAAUAGAGACUCAUGGAAUCGUUUAGAAAAAUAUGUUAGAUCUUUAACGAAUAUUUAUAAAGAUGUAUAUGUCUGUACAGGACCUUUAUAUCUUCCAAAACUUGAGGCUGAUGGUAAAAAAUACGUUAGAUACGAAGUUAUUGGCAACAAUCAUGUUGCAGUACCGACUCAUUUUUAUAAAGUGGUCGUAGGUGAAACUGCCGAUAAUAAAUUAGAAAUGGAGGCUUUUGUCAUGCCAAAUACGCCAAUUGAUGAUAAGGCGCCACUUAAAAAUUUCCAGGUUCCACCUGAGAGCAUUGAACGAGCAGCGGGUUUAUUAUUUUUUGAUAAUUUAUCUCGCGAGAAACUCAAUAAAAUAAAUGGAAAAAGCGUUAGUUGGAAAUGAAACAAGUAAAAUUUUAGAAUCAAAUUUUAAAUCAGUCUCGAAAAUUUUAUUGCAAACAUUUUUUUUUAAAAUAUUUUGAUGAUACUUCUUUACGUGCAAUAUUACAGUUGACUAUAUACAUUAAAUAUUUAAACAUUUAGGAAAAAAUUGAUCUUGAAGAUUACAUAUUGUAAAUGUUUAUCAUUUCAGAAUUUUUUUUUUUUCGAAACUGUUAUAGUAUUAUUUAUUUUAAUUGAAAAAUGUAAAUAUCUGUAAAUGAACUGUUUUAUAUAUAAUAUAUACAUAUAUAUUUUAAUGAGA